UAUACAUUCGGCCGCCUCCGUGCCGCUCCGUAAGUAGGAACGGGUCACUCAGUAAAAGGGAGUGUCGGCACUAUCCGCGUCCGCGUAGAUGUUACUUUAGUUAGUGGAGGUUGUAUGUGUGAGUGAGUGAUUAUGAAUGCAGAUUUCGUUUAUGUGACUACCUGAAUUAUUUCUUAUUAACAGUGGAUUUGUUUGUUUUUUAAGAGAAAAGUUUAUUCUUCAUUAUUUGGAAUGCAGUAUACUUCAUCAGUAUGUUCCAGUUUUUUAUGAAGAAGUGAUUUUCGAAUGCUUUUGAGUGAACUGGGAACAUGAAGACUAAAGGGAUGUGAUGGUUCAUGAAUGUGCUCGUGUCUCUUCUUUUAUUACACAUUGACCUAAAUAUCUGACGUUCAUUCGGACGUCCCGACAAACACUGUAGGCACUUCUCAAAUAAUCGGUGUAGUUUCUCUUUGGUUCAGUUGAGAGUGAGAACUGACUGUGAUGAAGUUGUUUCAUCGUGAGUUUAGUUGUGAAGAAUGUUAAUGUGAUGGAUGACUUUUGAUAAUAUUGCUGUGUUUUCCCCUUUGCUCCAUCGUGUGAAAAAUGCAAGAGCUGGUUUACUGUGAAUAAGUGAAACUGCAAAUGACUAGUGAAGCUUUAUUGGUAGGGAGCUCGUUAACGCACACCUAGCGAAAGACUUUUGUCAUAAUGGGAAACUGUUUUAGUCGUCAGAGACCUGCAGCAAACAACGAUGGGGUUGGCAUUCCAACUCCGGACCCUACUCCCGUUCCAGAGAAUCCUGUAACAAUGCCACCUAGGGAACCUCAGGUUAGAAAUGUAGGCCUACCUAUGCCGCCGAUUCCAGACGAAGGCUCAAGUAAUACAAACGCUAAGAUUUUCGUAGCGUUGUACGAUUAUGAUGCAAGGACAGAUGAGGAUCUUAGUUUUAGAAAAGGUGAACAUUUAGAAAUUCUCAACGAUACUCAAGGAGAUUGGUGGCUCGCGAAAAGUAAAGCUACAAAGCAAGAAGGAUAUAUACCUUCGAAUUAUGUGGCGAAGCUGAAAUCCAUUGAAGCUGAACCGUGGUACUUCAGGAAGAUAAAACUUCGUGAUGGAGACACAGUAAAACACUAUAGAAUUCGGCAGCUGGAUGAAGGAGGGUUUUUCAUUGCAAGACGCACAACAUUCCGGACGCUGCAAGAAUUAGUGGAACACUACAGCAAGGAUGCAGAUGGCCUUUGUGUAAACCUGCGUAAACCAUGCAUUCAGGUGGAGAAGCCUGUGACAGGGGGUCUGUCUCACAGCACUCGGGACCAGUGGGAAAUUGACCGUUCAUCGCUCAAGUUUGUACGCAAGUUGGGCCAUGGUCAGUUUGGAGAAGUUUGGGAAGGGCUCUGGAACAAUACUACACCUGUUGCCAUCAAGACAUUAAAACCAGGGACCAUGGAUGGACAAGAUUUUAUGGCUGAAGCUCAUAUUAUGAAAAAGUUGCGUCAUAAUAAGCUUAUUCAGUUAUAUGCUGUAUGUACUAUGGAAGAACCUAUUUACAUCAUUACAGAACUGAUGAAGAACGGUAGCUUGCUCGAAUACUUGCAAGGAAAAGGGCGUUCUCUGAAAUUGCCUCAAUUAAUUGAUAUGGCAGCACAGAUUGCAGCUGGAAUGGCUUAUUUAGAGUCCCAGAACUACAUUCAUCGAGAUUUAGCUGCUAGGAAUGUUCUUGUUGGAGACAGCAAUAUUGUAAAGAUAGCAGAUUUUGGACUGGCUAGAUUGAUUAAGGAGGAUGAAUAUGAGGCUCGAGUUGGAGCAAGGUUCCCUAUAAAAUGGACUGCCCCUGAGGCAGCCAAUUACAGCAAAUUUUCAAUUAAGUCUGAUGUGUGGUCAUUUGGAAUCCUGCUCACAGAACUGGUAACAUAUGGGCGCAUUCCAUAUCCAGGGAUGACAAAUGCGGAGGUGCUGCACCAAGUGGAGCAUGGCUAUCGCAUGCCGUGUCCACCCAGCUGCCCCAGUGCCCUGUAUGACAUUAUGCUGGAGUGCUGGCACAAGGACCCCAUGAAGAGGCCCACUUUUGAGACCCUCCAGUGGAAGCUGGAAGACUUCUUCACAAUGGAAGGGUCCGAGUACAAAGAAGCCUCAGCGUACUGAGACCGGGCACACCUCCUGGAGUGGCCACAGACUCUGCAGCGCCGCACUCCCACCCUCCCCUUCCCGAGUGAGGCUGUGCUAGUUGCGUAAUGUGCCAGGAGAGCGUACUUGCCAGAGAGUGAUUAAAUCGGACUGUUCCUCAAAUCUUUUAUUUGGAAGGGCUUUGUGUAAAAACAAAUAUAUACAGUGAAAGUUCUAGAUACGCUAGGAUAUGAAGAAGGAAUUGGCAUAUAGUUAGACGCUUUAAACAUGAAUAAGUACCUGCCUCCAUUGGAAAGUGUGAGAAAGAUUGAAAUCCUUUACUGCUGUGUGAUAUUCCACUUGGUGUUCCCAGGGCAUGAAAUGAAGUGACUCCAAAACCCUGAAAGGAAGUGAAACAUAAAUUUCAUGAAUACUUGAUUAAACUUAUAUUUUAUUUGAUAAUUGGUGGCCUAUAUGAAUUAUUAGGCUAUUUUUUCUUGAUUUUAUGUGGACGAUACCUGUAGUUGUACAUUAUUACAAUUUGUUAUUUCUCAUAUACGUGGUGAAGAUAAAUAUUUAUUAUGGUGCAAACAUUGUUACAUUAUUUUUACAGAUUUAUAAAUGAUAAAACUCAUAACUUAUUAUUUUUUGUAAGUAGUUUAUUAAUUCACAAAACUGUAUUUCAUAUUUGGAUAUUGUGAAAAGUUGCUGUGUCAAAUUUCUUUAAAUAAUUUUUAUAUCUGAGGGGGAAAGGAAAACCUUUUCUGUACAAGGUGCUCUUAUGCUCUUACAUCUUGAAGGUAUUUGAUUUUUAAUGGAUUCAUUUGAUUUUUUUUCCUACGUAUUUAUUGGUAAAUUAAUAGUGUAUAAUAGUAGUAAGCAAGAUGUAUUUUAUUAUAAGCAUAGAAAUUUAGAAUAUAAUACCAAAAGUUCAAAAAUUUAAUUAAUGAAUAUAUUUAAAAUUUCUUGAAGGAGAAAUUGGUGGAAGGAACAAUAUAUGAUGUUAAUUGUGAUAACCUAUUUUGUGAAAAUUCUUUUCUAUUGUGAUUUGAGUUCCAACUUGUUUCUUUAUUAUAAGUGCCUAUACUGUAAUGGUACUCAUUGACAUGAUAACACAAUAGUAAAUUUUCAUAAUGCAUGAAAAUUCAUUUUUACUGUUUUUAAUUAUUUUUUUAACAUAACACUAUUGUUUUUAUUUAUAAUGUUAUGAUUGAUCAAGAAGAUAUAUAGAUAGAUAUCAGAUUAUGAUUGUGAAAAAAUAGUGAUGAUCUAGAUUUCAUAUUCUUAAAAUUUCUUAUUUUGUUGUCUAUUCUUUUUAUUUUUUACUUCACAUCAGCUGAUGGCAAGAUCGUAAAUGAAUUAUUCCAAAAGGAGAAAAAGUAUCAAUGUCUUUUUUAUUAAAUAUUAUUGUCUGUACAAGCAAAACAACUUAAGAAUAUAAAAAAGUGUUAAGAAAGAAAUCUGUGCCUCAAACUAUACAAGAUCUUGUUUUAAUACAUGCUUGUAUAAGUAAUCAUUUCUAGAAAUUAUUUUCGAAGUAUCUCCAAUUAAUCAUGUUUAAUUUUAUGGAUUUAUUCAUUUAUUUUUUGGAACUAUUUCUUAUAAAUGCAAUUUUUUACAGUUGAGAUUACUUUGUAUAAGUUUAUUAAUGAUUCUGUAAUAGAACUAGCAAUAAAUUUCCAACAAUAUCUAUUUCACAAUUACAUUGUUGCAAAUUUUUGUGAUUAUUAACAUUUUAAAUAUAUAGCCACGUAUAUGAGAAUCUCUAAGACUUUAUUCCAUCUGCAAGAAAUAUAUUCAUGCUCAAAUUUCUUUUUGUAUUUUUAGUGUGUACUUUUACUGUUAAACAGUACUGUCAAGAAUUUUCUAAUUGCUCUAUAGGAAUUACAAGAAAAAUAUUUUUGUAUCAAGUGUCAAUUUUUCUUUCACAAAUAACAUUCUGUAUACCAGAUUGAGACCAAUGUAAAUUGAUGCAAUUUUCUCUAUCACAUGCACAUCAUGUGCAAAGUGUUCGAUCUGUAGACUAGAUUAUUAAUUUCAGAAAUUUUUACGUCUGUGUGUAGUAAUCACAAUCAGGAACAGCUGUUUACUUAAAGAUCUAAUGUACUGUGGAUGAUGUUAAAACAUUUGAAAAGAAAAUUGUAUUUUUGAAGUAAUGCUUAGAUUUCUUUGAUGUUUAUUCAUCCAUGAGUGUGAUGAACUCAAAUAAUUGUGAUUUAAGGAAGGAUGCAUAUACAUAAAAGAAAAUAGAAUAUUGAUCAUAACGGAGAAGAGCAAGUGCAUGUUUGUUGUGACACAAGUUAUGAUGUGCCCUGGCAUUGUGUUCAUAUGCAACUUGUUCACGCUUGUUGCACUAUAGAAGAGACAACUGGUUCCCAAAUAAUCCGAAUUAGUGAAGUGAAUGUGUGCUAUGAACACAGUCGUGUGGUAGAUUUAGGACUAUCCUUGUACUUGUGGGGCUGUGGCAGUUUCCCAUGCCAUGCUUUGAUUAUUCUUAAAUCAAAUGCAUUUGUGUCAAAUUUCUGGAAUUGAACUGAAAAAGUCGAAAGACACAAUAAAAUUGCCUACUGGGUUUCUGAACCCAAAUUUGCAGAAGAAUUAUGCAUUGCUAAUAUUCAUGUUUUCCAUUGUACAUAUAAUGUAAAUCACUGCCUCCAGUUCUAUUCCUUCAUUCAAAUUAGUAAGGUUGCUUAAUUGGUUAUAGAACACUGGUGUACAGAUUCUAAAUGCUGAACUUUCUUCACACUUAUCAUAAACUUCUAUAUAUUUUGUAGAUAAUAUUUUCAAUGAAUUUUUCAUAAACCCUAUUAGUUUUACUAUUUUUGUAAUUGUGGGAGUGUUAAAAGUGAAUUGUGUACAUAAGCAAAUUUUCUUUUUGAUGGAAAAACAUUCCCUUCCAUGUAUUUUUGUUUAUAUUUUACACUUGUAUCGAUUCUUUGUAUGGCUUUUAUCUUUGUGAGUAUUGAGCUGAUAAAUACUGUGCUGGCUAGCAAAUGCUGCCAUUUUAAAUAUAGAAUAACUAUCUGCUACACAAGAUUUUGAUGUUGUUUUCUUUUCAUGUAGCCUUUCCCUAAGCGGAAAAAAAAAAAAAAAAAAAAAAAGCUACAAA